AUGACAACAAGUGAAUUAAUUGAUGAUUAUUUCGCAAUCUUGGAUAUUGAUCAUGAUAAGAAGAUUUCUCGAGACCAAGUCAUCGAAUUAUUGAGAGCCCUUGGAAAAGCACCAACUCAACAACAAGAAGAAGCUAUUAUGAGAGAAGUAAAAGAAGACCUUGUUGGAGUUGAAAAAAUUAGACAAUUAUAUAAGAAAUGUGAAAUGAAAUUACCUAAAGAUUUGUAUGACGAUAUGUUUGGUGUAUUCACUGCUUUAGAUAAAGAAGAAAAUGGUCAAAUUCAUGAAGCUGAAUUAAGACAAAUUCUUUCAGUUUUAGGAAGACCACUUUCAAAUUCAGAAGUUGAAGCAAUUAUGAGAUCUGCUACAGUAAGUAGAGAAGGUUAUGUUGAUUAUAAGGAAUUUGCUGAUAUGCUUGUUAAAGAAUACCCACCAGAAUAA